AUGGGGCGCAGGGCCUGGGUCCCCAGCCCCUGCCCCACAUCCGGCCUGUGUCCACUCCUGCUUCUCCUGCUGCUGCUGCUGCUGGAGCCUCGGGGGACUCAGCCCCAGACUGGCAGGAACCAUAUGGAGGCCCCAGAACCUAAUGCCACAGCCAGCCCUGGGACCCCCACCAUCCCUGUGACCUCUGUGGUUCCUGAAACCCCAGCAACAAGUGUUCCAGAGGUAGAGCCUGAGACAGAAGGAUCCCGAGGUGGGGGGCUCCCUGCUCCACCCCAGACGGCCUCUUCCAGCAGCAGCCCUGGGGGCCAAGUGCUCACAGAGGCUGGGCAGCCCUGCAGGUUCCCGUUCCGCUAUGGUGGCCGCAUGGUGCACUCCUGUACCUCGGAGGGAAGUGCCCACAGGAAGUGGUGUGCUAUAACUCACAACUAUGACCGGGAUAGGGCCUGGGGCUACUGUGUGGAGGCCACCUCACCCGUGGAGGGCCCAGCUGUCCUUGACCCCUGUGUCUCCAGUCCCUGCCUCAAUGGGGGAACGUGCACCAACACCCAGGACCCUGUGUCCUACCACUGCACCUGCCCUCUGGCCUUCACUGGCAAGGACUGUGGCAUAGAGAAAUGCUUUGAUGAGACCCGCUAUGAGUACCUGGAGGUGGGCGACCGCUGGGCCCGUGUGCGCCAGGGCCAUGUGGAACAGUGUGACUGCGUGGGGGGCCAGGCCCAGUGCGAAGACACCCGUCACACAGCUUGCCUGAGCAGUCCGUGCCUGAACGGGGGGACCUGCCACCUGAUUGUGGGCACCGGGACCAGUGUCUGUGCCUGCCCACAGGGCUACGCUGGACGACUCUGCAACAUCGCGCCCGCUGAGCGCUGCUUCCUGGGGAAUGGCACCGACUACCGUGGUGUGGCCAGCACCUCCGCCUCGGGCCUGAGCUGCCUGGCCUGGAACUCUGAUCUGCUCUACCAGGAACUGCAUGUGGACUCAGUGGGUGCUGCUGCCUUGCUCGGCCUGGGUCCCCACGCCUACUGCCGGAACCCAGACAAGGACGAGAGGCCCUGGUGCUAUGUGGUGAAAGACAACGCCCUCUCCUGGGAGUACUGCCGCCUGGCGGCCUGUGGUGCGGGCGCUGCAGGGUGGGAAUACCUGGCCAGAGUUCAGCCCCCACCCCCUGACGUUCUGGCAACCCUGCCUGAGCCAGCCCCGACUGGACGCCCGAACUGCGGGAAGAGACACAAGAAGCGGACGUUCCUGCGGCCCCGCAUCGUUGGAGGCUCGUCCUCCCUGCCGGGCUCCCACCCUUGGCUGGCCGCCAUCUACAUCGGGGACAGCUUCUGUGCCGGGAGCCUCAUCCACACCUGCUGGGUGGUGUCUGCGGCUCACUGCUUCUCCAACAGUCCCCGCAGGGACAGUGUCUCUGUGGUGCUGGGCCAGCACUUCUUCAACCGCACGACAGACGUGACGCAGACAUUUGGGAUUGAGAAGUACGUGCCCUACUCCCUGUACUCCGUGUUCAACCCCAGCGACCAUGACCUAGUUUUGAUCCGACUGAAGAAGAAGGGAGACCGCUGUGCUGUCCGCUCCCAGUUCGUCCAGCCCAUCUGCCUGCCCGAGGCUGGCAGCUCCUUCCCCAUUGGACACAAGUGCCAGAUUGCAGGCUGGGGCCACGUAGAUGAGAAUGUGAGUGGCUACUCCAGCUCCCUGAGGGAGGCGCUGGUCCCCCUCGUUGCCGACCACAAGUGCAGCAGUCCUGAGGUGUAUGGCGCUGACAUCAGCCCCAACAUGCUCUGUGCUGGCUACUUUGACUGCAAGUCAGAUGCCUGCCAGGGGGACUCGGGUGGGCCCCUGGCCUGUGAGAAGAAUGGGGUGGCCUACCUGUACGGCAUCAUCAGCUGGGGUGAUGGCUGUGGGCGACUCAACAAGCCAGGCGUCUACACACGCGUGGCCAACUAUGUGGACUGGAUCAAUGACCGGAUCCGCCCUCCCAAGCGGCCUGUGGCGCCCUCCUGA